AUGGAGAAUGUUAAACCAGAAAAUAACGCAACUCAAUUACUGAAUGGAUUAGGCAAUCAACUAGUAAUAAAAUCAAUAAGUGUACCGGAAUUAUUGAGAGAAGGAGAAACGGAUUAUGUUAUAUUAGAUUGUGAUUAUGAUCUUGAAAAUAUAUCUAGUGAUGGAUUAGUUGUUAAAUGGUAUUUUAAUGACGAUAAUGUUGAAUACCAGUGGAUAUAUGGACACAAGCCUCAGGCUGAUCCAAGUGCUAGUCAUAUAGAUCUUGGAUAUAAAGCCAGUGAUAAUCCUUAUACUAUGUAUCGGGCUAUGAAAUUAAAUAAUCCAACAAUUAAUUUAACGGGAGACUACAGGUGUGCGGUGUUUACCUAUCAAGAUGAAGAAAUAGCUGACGCUAGUAUGAUUGUAUAUUCAACAGAAGAAAAAUUCGAUUUAAAGUAUAGAAAAAAAAUAAUUGAUGGUAAAGAAGGAGUCGAAUUGACAUGUUUUGCAGAGGGAUUGUAUCCACAACCAACAAUGGAUAUUUAUGUAAAUGAUAUUAUUGUUAAUGAAACAAUUACUUCGGAUUUAACGAUGCGUAAUGACAGCAAGUAUGACAUUAUGAUGCAAGUUGUUGCUAAAAAUGAGGACUUAGCAAAUGAGGCUCUUGUUAAAUGUAGUUUAUCGAUUCCUAAAGCAAAUUACACUAUUCCACGUGAAUUAAUCUACAUACCUGGAACGCCAACCAGUACGCCUUCUGUAACAACCAAUCUACUACGAAAAAUGGAGAUCCAGGCAAUAAACAGCUCUGAACCAGACAAUACUGACAAUGGUGAUAUUCAAAAUGUUAUUAUUACAGAAGCAGAACCAAUAAAUAUAACCUCAGUUGAAAUUCCACGAGUAGUAAGAGCUGGUAGUGAAGAACCAACAAUACUUGAUUGCAAAUACGAUAUGGGAUCAUCAACAAAUAAUGCACUUGUCGUUAAGUGGUCAGUUAAUGAUUUACCUUUAUAUCAAUGGAUCCACAACUCAUUGCCUAAAGGAUCUGAUGAACUUAGUCAGUACGUUGAUGCGACUUAUAAAGCUAGCAACGAUUCAAACACAAUGUACAGAGCAGUUAAACUUGUCAGACCGGGGCAUGAACUUUCUGGAAAAAUAAGAUGUAGCAUAUCAUCUCAAGAUGAUGAAACUGAAGCUACCAGAGAAAUGUUAGUUUAUUCUCCAGAAAAGGUUUUUAAAAUACUAGAUCCAACGAUAAACGAAGAUUCCACACAACUAACCACAAGGUGCUUAGCUGAAGACCUUUAUCCACUUCCUACGAUAAAGCUUUUUCAAGACAAUCAGCCAAUAAAAAAACAAAGGCAAUAUUACAAAAAUAAAACAGAUGGUCGACAUAACGUUGAGGCUAAUGCUACUUUGGAGAUGGACCAAAUUAAAUUACCAACAGUAUUUAAAUGUGAAUUAUUUAUUAAAGAAGCUAAUUAUACUUCAGUAAUAAAAUAUGUAUACAAUGGAGGAUCUCUUAAAUCGGAUGUUUCACUACUUUUGUUCUUCUUAAUUAUUGGACUUUUUGUCACCAACAAUUUAACCAACCCAAUUAUCAGCUUCACCACCAUUACCAUUAAGACGACAACUCACGGUUUAUGUUAA